AUGCAUCCUGUGCGCUAUCUGCAAUCCGUCAACAACAAGCCUACUGAAUCCAUCUUUCUGAAAUCCAAUGUGCUUGGCGUCUACGACUCUUGCAAAGCGGAAGAGGGAAACACUGAUUCUACGUGCGGUGUUUACAUGGAUGCAAACUCAAAGCCCAUUCGAGACAGCCAGUCGGCGCAUUGCAUGCGGUUUGAUCAGCUGUGGUACAAUGUCGUGGCGCUGGAUCCGCCUCAGAUGGCUGUCAAGUUUACGUUUACGAUCUUUACUGGCUCGGAAAACAAGACAAUCACCGUUUCGCCAAGUCAGCGAACGGCCAAGAACAGCGAUGGCUCUGUAAUUGUUCGUCUGAUUGGGAGCUUUCAGUCAUUCGUGGCGGACUACGACCUGACGACAAACUACCUGCUGAUUCCGCAGCCGGCAACGAGUCCAACGAGCCCACAGGUGGCGUUGGGCCGAUCGGAUUGGAUGCUCGUGCCAAAGUCAACCGUGGAUCUGACCGGAGCCACCUGCGACAAGAUUGGCGUGGGCUUUACUCCCUUCCGCUAUCAAGAGGGCCAGUGCACGCGUCCUUCGGGCUCCUGUUUGAACAACCAGCCGAAAGACUUUUGGACGGCAGACACGACGUUACGUCGGCAAGGAAAGAUGGUCAACUACUUUCUCGAGCGGUAUGGCGACAUUCUUGGGCUGUACGCAGGCGCCUCAGACAUUGUUUCGAUGUCGCCGGGGCAGCAGUAUGUCCUAGCCACUCGACCAAGAGACCCGGCGUCCAUCCUGUUCACGAUGGAAAUUGCAGCCGACUCGCUUACAUUCUACAACAACCUGGGUCAAGCGAGCAUCAAAGUCUUCUCUGUCACUGAUUUUGAAUCGCUCAGUCAGAGGGGAACCCUGCGAGUCCUUGUGGCCAGUGAGACGCCUCUUGAAGCGCUGUACGCGGUUCGGGUCGUUGACUGCGUGCCCGCCAUCUUCCCGAUCGCAGAGCAAUCUCAGUCAAUUGGCUCAUACCAAGCAAAGUGGUACACUUUUACACUCCAGACAAUGACACCAAUUGGCGGCAAUACCAACUGCACCAUCUUGCUGGUCAAUUCCAACAGCGACCAGCUGGACAAAAAGUUUGUGUCCUUCCGCACCAACAGCACCACCAUCUACAAGGGAAACCAAGGCGGCAGCGAGCCUGGGGAUGAUGAUGACCGCGGCAACGAUCCAAGCUCUGGCCUUAGUUUGAACUUUUUGGGCGACGCCGCAAAAUGGCUCGCGGAUGCGAUCGCCAGUGGGUACGGCGUGGUCUUGAUCAUGGGAUUGAGUGCGAUUGUCUUGGCCAUCCUGAGAGGAUGCGCUCGGUGCUGCUGCAAGCUUGGCGUCAGCGAAAAGCACAAAGACCGCUCUGCCUGCGUCAACUUUUUCCACGAUCUCUUGCAAAUAUGCCUGCUACCAAUCUACCUCAUCAAGUACAUUAUUGACAUUUUCCGCAAGCCCCCGCCGCCCGAUCAGGAUGACAUGAACACAAGACGCUUUGACGAACGUUCGGCACCACGGGCAAGCUUUGAUGAAGAAGGUCGCUGGUCGCAGCGGUUGUCGACGAGUCCUCAAGACUCCCCGAGCUCGCACAGCACUACCGGCCUGAUGGGGCCUUCCCGCGGUCCCAUGACGGAGAGUGCAUCUCGACGCCGCCUUCAGUUUGAUUCUGCCCGCAACUCGGAUGCCUCAGCCACCUCAUCGACUUCGCGUUCUGCAAUGAUUGGUCACACGGUCUUGGCGACAUCGCGGAAAGUAGGCCGCACUUUGUGGAAUGCCGUCAGAGCCGGCAGUUCGAUGCUGCGAGCGCGACUCGCGCGAGAUGCUGCAGUUGGCUCUGAGGCAUCCCAGGCGCCUACAUGGACUGAGAUGGAGCAAACACGACGCGCGCCCCUGGAGCCCACAGGAGCGUCUGACACCAUGGCGUGCAACGAGCAACAACAGAUGGAGGAACUGCAUCCGGCCCGCCGCCUUGACGAAGCGUUCUUCACUCAAGGCCUCACCCUACAGCAAGCCGAACGGCUGUUAUCAACGCAUCCUCAAUUCCCGUGCAUUAAUCCUCCAGGGGAUUCCGAGUAG